AUGGCCCGGGUCGAUCUCCCGGAAACGGCCGGGACGCGUGCCCGGCUGGAUCGAGAUCCGUCGACUGGCCGCUUCCUGCCUCGCACACGCGCUGUCUCUGGCUGCAUCCAUCAGCCCCCUUCGGUCUCCUCCGAACGCCCCUCGCAGCACCGCAGACGCCGACACGGCAUGCUCGAGAAUGUCCUCGAUGCCCACACUCCGCAGACCGGGCCCGGUCUGCCCACCCCUGCCCUUCCCAACCCCGCGCCUCUCCCCUCCUCCCUCGGCAUCGCCCAAAAACGUGUCUGCUCUCACGUCGGCCGGCACAUCUCCCAGACCCAGCCCCAUCCAGCAAUCUGUCCUCCUCGCUGGUUUGCCCAUGCGUUUCAAAUCCACGUAGGCCUCGACACGGACGCGGUCCCGGGCCACUCAACACCCAGCUCGUACGAUACGGAUCUAGCCCGGCGCACCCGAACCCGGCUCGAUCAACUUUGGCUCGCCCCGCCCAAUCAGAUCGGCUGCCCAUUCCGCUUAUCGCCAUCAGUCGACGCGCGGAUUCCCCAUCCAUGGCCGCCAGUCGAAACACCAUCACACGACACCCUUGAAGGCACUCAGAGCGUCACCGCGUCCUGCCAAUGUCUGACGCCCGACCCAGCGCGGCCACGUUGCUCCAUCGUUGGUGCUCGGGCUCGGGCUUUUCCCGGUAUGACUGUUACCGGCUCGAACUCGUUCUCAAUCCCGAAAGAAACUGCGGGCCCUCUUUUUCGCCACCCACCGCCACCAUUUUCGUAA